AUGAGAUCAAAUAGCAAAUUACUUUUACUAAUAGCUUUGGGAUUAGUAGCUUAUCUUGUUCAGGCUGGAAGAGAUUUCUAUUCAAUAUUGCAAAUCAAGAAAAAUGCCAGUCCCUCGGAUAUUAAGAAAGCCUACAGAAAGUUAUCGCUAAUCAACCACCCAGAUAAAAAUCCAGACGAUCCUUCAGCAUUAAAUAGAUUCUAAGAUAUUGCUAGUGCUUAUGAAGUUCUCUCUGAUCCUGAUAAGAGAAGAAAGUAUGACAAUUGUGGAGAGGAAUGUGUAAACUAGCCUGAGAAUCAAGGAGGUGGAAUGAAUCCAUUUGAAGACAUUUUUGGAGAUAUUUUUGGAGAUAUGAGGGGUGGAGGUAGAAGAUAAUAAUAAGAAUAGACUGGACCAUCAGCUAAACUAAAAAUUAGAAUCACUUUAGAGGAUGUCUAUAAUGGCAAGGAAUACCCAAUUACUUAUAAUAGAAUGGUACUUUGUCCACAUUGUAGAGGCAGUGGAGCUGAUAACCCAGAGGACGUUGAAAUCUGCUCUCAAUGUAAUGGAAACGGUCAGGUCACCGAGCAAAGAAGACUAGGGCCAGGAUUCGUUCAGCAAUUCUAGAGAACUUGCCCUAAGUGUAAUGGAGACGGUAAAAAGCUAAAGUCAAAGUGUCAUGUAUGUCAUGGUGAUAAGCAAGUCAAGAGUGUUGAUGAGUUAUCCAUCUUCAUCGAGAAAGGUAUCCCUGAUGGUCACGAAUUCAAAUACAGAGAUGCUGCUGAUGAGUAUGUUAACGUUAGAGCAGGAGAAGUUACUGUUAAAGUUGAAACCCUUCCCCAUAAGGUAUUUGAGAGGGCUGGUAACGAUUUAAAAACAACUGUUAAGAUUACCUUGAAGCAAGCACUACUAGGUUUUGAGAAAGAAUUCAUACAUCUAGACGGUAGAUCAGUAAUCAUAAAGAGGACAAAAAUCACCAAGCCUGGUGAGAUUGAGAAGAUCAGAGGUGAAGGUAUGCCAGUGUAUGAAUACCCUACAGACAAAGGUGAUUUGAUUGUUACUUACUAGGUUGAAAUGCCUCAAACUCUAUCUAGAGAAUAGAGAGACAGUAAGUUUAUUGGUUUAUUAUAAUAUAUAGUGUUCAAGAUGGUUUUCUAAUCAUGA